AUGUUCAAAGGAUAUUCUCCAUUCGGCGUGGAUACCGAGCAGGCUGCAGCAGCCGGCCCUGAGUUCUCCACAGAGGAGGAGGGGUAUGGAGAUGAGCUGUACCCUCGUGGAGCUGUUCUCCCUGGGGUGGACUACCAAGUUGUUGUGGGGGGACAGAGGGAUGAGCAGAGCUACGCUGGUAGGGGUCAGAACAACACCAGGGAACAUGUCCUAGUGGAGGUGGUCCAGUGUCUGCGUGAUCAGGUGAGGCAGCAGGAGAGACACGGAGAGGAGGAGCAGGUGGAGAGAGCAGGAAUCAUCAACACCCUCACACAGCACCAAGAGCAGAACCAACAGCAGUGGGCCAAACUUCCCCGGACUGGUUCAGUGCAGGAGAUGCGCCAGCUGCAAAUCAAACUACAGCAGACUCAGACGGCCAAGACCGUGAGCGACGACAUAAACAAAGCCUCGCAGGAGGAGUUGUCUGAGCUGAAGGAGCAGAUCUGUCUGUAUGGGUCUGCAGUGAAACACGGAGUCCUCUCUGUUGAGCUGAACGGAGGAGAUAUCUGGGAGAACCAGCUCUCUGAUUCCUAUGUAGACCUGGGCAUCAAGAAGACUCACUGGCGGAACGGACGACGUCACAGUACUCCGCUGGUGGAGGUGACUGAGCCCAACCCCAAGCUGCCCAGAGGGAAGGAGGCGGGGGCUGUGAGGGAGCUCAGGACUGAGCUACAGCGCUGUCUGGCCAGUCUGAAGGGGAAGAGGCAGAGGAUCAGCAAGCUGCAGGACCAGCUACGGGACUCAAAGGGACAGGUGGACCAGCUACAGACCCAGCUAGGCCAGCUACAGACCCAGCUAGACCAGCUACAGACCCAGGUGGACCAGGAUCAGACCAGCAACACAGCAGAAACCAGAUCAAUGGACUCACAUCCAGAUGUAACUUCCCAGAAAGAGCUGUCCAGACUGCGGGAGGACAGGCAACGCCUACAAGAAUGCCUUGAGGCCCUAGAGAAGAGGAACGUUGAGCUGAAGCAGAGGGAGGAGAAAGGGAAGGGGGUUAACUCUGUGCUGUUUCGCAAGACGAGAGAGAUGAUCCAGGAGUUGGACCAGGAGAAGCAGGAGGUUGCUCAGAGGGAGCCCCGGACCCGGCUGGAAAGGUUGUCGACAAGAGCCCAGACCGGUCUGGAACGGUUGGCGACAAGGGAGCCGCAGACCGGUCUGGAAACGGUUGGCGACAACGGGAGCCCAGACCGGUCUGGAAAACGGUUGGCGACAGGGAGCCAAGACCGCUGGAAACGGUUGGCGACAGGGAGCCCAGACCCGGUCCUGGAAACGGUUGGCGACAGGGACCCAGACCGGUCUGGAAACGGUUGGCGACAGGUGAGCCCAGACCGGUCCUGGAAACGGUUGGCGACAGGGAGCCCAGACCGGUCUGGAAACGGUUGCGACAGGGAGCCCAGACCGGUCUGGAAACGGUUGGCGACAGGGAGCCCAGACCGGUCUGGAAACGUUGGCGACAGGGAGCCCAACCGGUCUGGACACGGUUGGCUGAAGGGAAGCCCAGACCGGUCUGGAAACGGUUUCAGGAACACUGGUAAAGAAUGCCUUUUGACGGUGUUGUCCUCUUCUCAGCUGAACACUCUAGAAGAGAAGCUCAGACAGACCUAG